AUGUAAAAUCAUUAAUAAAAAAAAUAAAAGCCACAACAAAUGAAUAAAGAAUACGAUUUUAAAUGUACCUAAGUGGGUCAUGAAACUGAACGAAUCUUGGGAUUUUGCUUAAAAGCAAAUUGUAAGCAUUCUCUAUUCUGUUUAAAGUGCUUAAACACUCAUCAUAAGGAUCAUUCAGAGGAUUGCAUUGAAAAUAAUGAAAUAGAGAAAUGUGUUUUAGAUAUAUUAAAUAAACAAAAUGAAAAUAAAGCUUAGCUUUAAGAGAUUAAUAGAAGAAUUGAGCAAUUAUAUUAGAGAAAUAUUUAAAAAAUUAGAAGCAAAAUUGUAGAAAAUAUAUUUACAGAAAAAAAUAAGAGCUUAAAUACAUUAUAAAAAAUUAUAAAAACAGAAAUGGAUAAACAUGAAAAAAUCAUAUUGGAACUUUAAGUUAAUGUUUAACAAAAUAAUUAUUAUAAUUGUAUGUAAAAUGUAAUACUGAUGAGAAUGUAUAAAAAUGAUACUUAUAACAUUAAUUAAAGUAAAAAUUGUAAAUAUUAAUAUAAUAGAUAACAUAUUAAAAAUGAUCAAUAAUGUUAUUUAUGCUAUGGAAUAUAAGACAUAAUUACAUGAAGAUCUAUUGAGAUAAUAAUAAGAACAAAACGAUCAUGAAGUAUUUAAAUAAAGUUAUUUGAUAAUUUAAAUUUUAGGAAAACAUAUAAUUAAUUAACGGCGAUUUGAAAAAAGUUUAUAUUUGAUUGAUUAAGUUAAAGUAAUCAAUGAUAAAAUGGACCAAAUUUAUUUUAGAAAAGGUAGAAAACAUAAUAAUGAUAAGGAAAUCAAUUAAAUUAGAUGAAACAAUAUGAAGAAGCUAUAGGAUGUUAUGAUAAAUCUAUUGAGAUUAAUCCUAUUAUGGAAGAAGCUCAUUACAACAAAGGUAACAUAUUUCUCUAUUCAUCUUUUUAGGCAAUACAUUAGAUUUUAUAGAACGAUAUGACUAAGCAGUUGAAUGUUAUGAUAAAUUAAUUGAAAUAAAUCCAAGAAUGGUAGUAGCCUAUUUAAGUAAAGGUAUUUUAAAUCCAUCUUUCUAGGCAAUGCAUUAUACACGAUGUAAAGAUUUGAAGAAGCUAUAGGAUGUUAUGAUAAAUCGAUUGAAAUUAAUCCUUAAAUGGAAUUAGCUUAUUACAACAAAGGUCACAUGGUUUUCCUAUUUAUCUUUUUAGGCAAUACAUUAGAUUUUAUAGAACGAUAUGACUAAGCAGUUGAAUGUUAUGAUAAAUUAAUUGAAAUAAAUCCAAGAAUGGCAGAAGCUUAUUUGAGUAAAGGUAUUUUAAAUCCAUCUUUCAAGGGAAUGCAUUAUACAAGAUGAAAAGAUAUGAAGAAUCCCUUGAAUGUUAUGAUAAAUCGAUUAAAAUUAAUCCUUAAAUGGAAUUAGCUUAUUACAACAAAGGUCACAUGGUUUUCCUAUUUAUCUUUUUAGGCAAUACAUUAGAUUUUAUAGAACGAUAUGACUAAGCAAUUGAAUGUUAUGAUAAAUUAAUUGAAAUAAAUCCAAGAAUGGCAGAAGCUUAUUUGAGUAAAGGUAUUUUAAAUCCAUCUUUCAAGGGAAUGCAUUAUACAAGAUGAAAAGAUAUGAAGAAUCCCUAGAAUGUUAUGAUAAAUCGAUUGAAAUUAAUCCUUAAAUGGAAUUAGCUUAUUACAACAAAGGUCACAUGGUUUUCCUAUUUAUCUUUUUAGGCAAUACAUUAAGAAUCAUAGAACGAUAUGAAGAAGCAAUCGAAUGUUAUUAUUAAUUAAUUAAACUUAAUCCUAGUUAUGAAUUAGCAUAUUACUAAAUAGGUAACAUAUUUUUAUAUUCUUCUUUUCAAGCUAUUUCACUACACAACAUAGAACGAUUUGUUGAAGCUAUUCAAUAUUAUGAAAAAUCAAUUGAAAAUAAUUCUUAAAUAGAAUUAGCUUAUUACAACAAAGGUAAUAUAGUUUAUUAAUCAUCUUUUCAAGGCAACGCAUUAAGUAUUCUAAAACGAUAUGACGAAGCAAUCCAAUGUUAUGAUAAAUUAAUUGAAAUAAAUCCUUUAAUAGAAGAAGCCUAUUAAAACAAAGGUAACAUAGUUUUUCUAUUCAUCUUUUCAAGGCAACGCAUUACAUGUUUUAGAACGAUAUGAAGAAGCAAUCUAAUGUUAUGAUAAAUUAAUUGAAAUAAAUCCUUAAAUAGAAGAGGCCUAUUACAACAAAGGUAACAUAAUUUUUCUAUUCAUCAUUUCAAGGCAACGCAUUAAGAAAUAUAGAACGAUAUGAAGAAGCAAUUGAAUGUUAUAAUAAAUUAAUUGAACUUCAUCCUAGUUAUGAAUUAGCAUAUUACUAAAUAGGUAACAUAUUUUUAUAUUCUUCUUUUCAAGCUAUUUCACUACACAACAUUGAACGAUAUGUCGAAGCUAUUUAAUAUUAUGAAAAAUCAAUUGAAAAUAAUUCUUAAAUAGAAUUAGCUUAUUACAACAAAGGUAAUUAAGUUUAUUAAUCAUCUUUUCAAGGCAACGCAUUAAGUAUAAUAAAACGAUAUGACGAUGCAAUUGAAUGUUAUGAUAAAUUAAUUGAAAUAAAACCAUUAUAAUAAGAAGCCUAUUACAAAAAAGGUAACAUAAUUUAUCUAUUCAUCUUUUUAAGGCAACGCAUUAAGAAAUAUAGAACGAUAUGAAGAAGCAAUUGAAUGUUAUAAUAAAUUAAUUGAACUUAAUCCUAGUAAUGAAUUAACAUAUUACUACUUAGGUAACAUAUUUUUAUAUUCUUCUUUUCAAGCUAUUUCACUACACAACAUAGAACGAUAUGUCGAAGCAAUUGAAUGGUAUGAUAAAUCAAUUUAAAUAAAUCCAAGAAUGGUAGAAGCCCAUAUGAAUAAAGGUAUUUUCAAUCCAUCUUUCUAGGCAAUACAUUAUACACGUUGUAAAAAUAUGAAGAAGCCAUAGGAUGUUAUGAUAAAUCUAUUGAAAUUAAUCCUUAAAUGGAAUUAGCUUAUUACAACAAAGGUAAUAUAAUUAAUUAAUCAUCUUUUCAAGGCAACGCAUUAAAUAUUCUAAAACGAUAUGAAAAUGCAAUUGAAUGUUAUGACAAAUUAAUUGCAAUAAAUCCUUUAAUAGAAGCGGCCUAUUACAACAAAGGUAACAUAAUUUUUUUAUUCAUAUUUUCAAGGCAACGCAUUAAGAAUUAUAGAACGAUAUGAAGAAGCAAUUGAAUGUUAUAUUAAAUUCAUUGAACUUAAUCCUAGUUAUGAAUUAGCAUAUUACUACUUAGGUAACAUAUUUUUAUAUUCUUCUUUUCAAGCUAUUUCACUACACAACAUAGAACGAUAUGUCGAAGCUAUUUAAUAUUAUGAUAAAUCUAUUGAAAUUAAUCCUUAAAUGGAAUUAGCUUAUUACAACAAAGGUAACAUAAUUUUUCUAUUCAUCUUUUCAAGGCAACGCAUUAAGUAUUAUAAAACAAUAUGACAAUGCAAUUGAAUGUUAUGAUAAAUUAAUUGAAAUAAAACCAUUAUAAGAAGAAGCCUAUUACAAAAAAGGUAACAUAAUUUCUAUUCAUAUUUUUAAGGCAACGCAUUAAGAAUUAUAGAACGAUAUGAAGAAGCAAUUGAAUGUUAUAUUAAAUUCAUUGAACUUAAUCCUAGUUAUGAAUUAGCAUAUUACUACUUAGGUAACAUAUUUUUAUAUUCUUCUUUUCAAGCUAUUUCACUACACAACAUAGAACGAUAUGUCGAAGCUAUUUAAUAUUAUGAUAAAUCUAUUGAAAUUAAUCCUUAAAUGGAAUUAGCUUAUUACAACAAAGGUAACAUAAUUUUUCUAUUCAUCUUUUCAAGGCAACGCAUUAAGAAUUUUAGAACGAUAUGAAGAAGCAAUUGAAUGUUAUAAUAAAUUAAUUGGACUUAAUUCUAGUUAUGAAUUGCCAUAUUACUAUAUAGGUAACAUAUUUUAUAUUUCUUUAUUUCAAGCCAUUUCAUUACACAACAUAAAACGAUACAUGGAAGCAAUUGAAUUUUAUGAUAAAUUAAUUAAAAUAAAUCCUAAAAUGGGAGAAGCCCAUUACAAAAAAGGUAACAUCGUGUUUCUGUUACUUAAAUCUAGGCAAUUCAUUAUUUAAGUUAUAACGAUAUGAGG